AUGGCCUCGAAGAACAUGAGUUUAGAGAUGGCUCUGUCAAACGCUUCAACGAGAAAACGGAGGCCCUUUUCCCAAAACAAGCUUGUUACCAGCAGAAAAAUCACUAAAGACCGCCAUGCAAAGGUUGAUGGCAGGGACAGGCGCAUCAGGCUGCCGCCUAUCUGUGCUGCUAGAAUUUUCCAGCUCACUCGAGAACUUGGGUACAAGACGGAUGGGGAGACCAUAGCAUGGCUCUUGCGCCAAGCUGAGCCAUCGAUCAUUGCAGCUACAGGCACUGGCAUCGCUUUGCCUAGUUCAUCUCCUGUCCUUUCAAACCCCACUAGUUUGGUUCCUUUCUCCUCUGAGCCGCCUUUGCUUUUAUCGGAUUAUUCGCCUUCUUCGAAUUCUUGUAAGCCAAAAGUUGUCCCUGACAAUCAAGAUACGUUGAAGAACUGCGUUGUUUCGAGGGCUGAACCUACUUUGCCACCUUUUGAGUUUGAUUUGGUUGCAAACUUUGAGUUGGAGUUCUCUCCCAAUGAGAUAGCAAUGUUGCAAUCGGUGACAGGAAGUUAUGACAAAGAAGGGAAAGAUUGA